GACAAAUACAUCGACGCACCGCCAAUGUCAAACUGCGCGGACGAACCUGACCGGGGGACUUGUUGUGAACAUUCGAGGUGACUGCUCCUCACUCAGGUCCGUUUGUAAAAAGGUUUCACAUCUGGUUCUUACCCCGUUCACCGGUCCACACAUAGUCGGGGGGUCUUCCGUCUUCUUUGUCGCAGGCGAAUCUUUAGCGGACAAGAUGCGGCUCACGCUGCAGAUGCUGAUCUCCCACGGCCGGGUGGCCCGGAAGAUGGGCAUGGGCCCGCAGUCCCGGAUCAACAUGCUGCGCAACAUCUUGACGGGUCUGGUCCGACAUGAGCGGAUCGAGACCACGCAGGCCCGAGCGGACGAAGUGCGCUUCUACGCUGAAAAGCUGGUUGACUACGCCAAAAAGGGAGAUACUGACGAGAAAGCGAUGAAAAUGGCCAGUUUUUGGCUGACGGAGAAGGAUCUGGUCCCAAAGCUCUUCAAGGUCCUUGCCCCCCGGUUCGAGUCUCACCCGAAUGGUUAUACGCGGAUGGCACGCAUCCCCUGCACACAGAACCUGGACAGAGCCAAGAUGGCCGUACUAGAGUACAAAGGCAACCCCUUCCCGCCUAUCUAUCCUACGAAAAAGCAGAAUGAACUGACUCUCAUCAACCAGCUGCUCAAAGGCUACAGAGAGGAGAGGGCACAACUGUUUGCUGCAAAAUCAUAACACAUACCAUGAUCCCUGAAGGUUGAUGGUCGGAUGCUGAAACGCACUGAGGGGUCACUUUUAGUUUGUGGCCUAAAGAGACUGAUGUGUUGCUUCACCAAGAGAACAUAUCAAAAGUUAGUGUGAGAACAUUUCUGUGUGGGAACAUUUUGGAUUUCUUAUGUAUUAAUAAAUGUGAUAACCUACCAAA